AUGCCACCCAAACGGCUGCACCACCACUCGCCCCAGGAACCCACCCGCCGCUCCUCGCGCCUGGCUGCUCUACUGGCGCAGCCGCGCCCACAAACGCACGCGCCGCAGCCGACCACCGCAGCCGCAUCCAGCCAGCCACCCUCAUCGCCGCAGCCUCUACCACCACCCCUUGCUCCCCUCCCUUCUGGGCGCAGACCCCACGAUUCCCCCGAACCCUCCCAGCCACGCAUCCAUCGAGGUGGUGCACGGGCCAAACCACCAGGUCCUGUGCAGCGCAAACUCAAAGCGAACCUAGAUGCGUGGCGCCCUCUUCUCGUUACCGAAGUCGCCACCCGCGCCUCAGCCUACCUGCCCCUUAUUCGAUCGCCUUCACCGACCUCCAACGAAGUGCUGGGUGCACUUUUGGCCAGCUUCUUUUCGUCCCACUCCCACGACAUGAUCCCUCCCCCCGACCCACUUUCGUUCGCUUUUCGACUCCUGAAAUCCAUCAAAACCUCCCUCCCCCCCGAAUUUUCGGCCGCUUUCGACGAACGGCACUCCAAGCAGCUGGCUAGGCGGAAGUCCAAGAAGGAUAUGGGAAGCACGCACGUCUUUCUCUACAAGAACCCCGCGCGCCUCGACCACUUUCGCACCACUGUCGCAACCUUUUACCUCCACCGCCUCCCUGAAGGCCAGGAGUACCCCCCUAGGGGCUGCUUCGUGGCUGAAGGUGUGUCUACCCAGUCAAGCUGGGCCACGUACAUCAGGAACUCCCAGAAGCCCGAUAAACGUGGGAAGCGCAAGCCCGUUCACCUCCUCGACAAAUCCAAGAUCGCAUUCGAAAUCCCAGCUGGUCUUACCUGCAUUAUCCGCGACGCAGACACGAGGGAGGUUGUGUUCUCUGUCGUUCGCAACCUCUCUGGGCUCGCUCCAAUGCUGGCGUUUGCUAAGGAGGUCAUUGAGCAGGCCGUUUCUGAGCGCAGAAGCAUCAGGCUCGAAGAUGCGGGAUCCCUAGUCAUGUUUGGCUACUCGGCGGGUUCGCGCAGCAAGCCAGCCUUCGCGUGGGUCAAGAACCUCCUGGGGAAGCGGGCCGACACCACCGAAUUCAACCACAAGGCCGCCACCGUUCUCGGCUAUGCGUGGCUCAGGAUGAGAGCGCUCCACCCCGGACCCGUCAUCGGCGAUUUCCUCCGUUUCUUCAACCGCUACAACAUUCCCCGCCUCGAUCCAAACUGGCCAGCACCCCCUAGGGACCGCGGUUCAAUCACCCUCCCUCCUGGGUGUGGUGGUUUCGUCUACGAAGGUGCCGAGAACGCACCUGGGUGCGCGGUGUUCGGUGAGCGCUACGCCAGGGCAGUUCACAAGGAGAAGCAGCCCCACGACUGGGCUCUCUCGUGGACUACCCUGCGAACGGGAAACGACCUGCGCGGUGGUAACUUUGUCCUUGCUUCCUACGGCCUGCUCGUCUCCGCGUCCCAAGAUUCGUCGAUGGCGUGGCAGCCUGCUGACUGGCACACCACCACACUCGGCACAUUCGAACCCACCUUCGACAUUCCUGGCCACGAGGACGAGACUUUCAACCAGCAAGGUAUUGCGUUCGUCACCUCACCCAGAAUCAAGAGUGCCUAUCUGAAGUGGAGGGAUGCAAAUGGGCUUUCAGGGUCCGAGCGCGUGGAGGCUGCUAUCCAGGAGUUGGAGUUGGAGGGCGGGGAAGGCGGUGAAAUUUACGAAUAG